AUGCUCAGAAACGGCAAAAAUAGGCGGUUUUAUUCAAAAAUUGGCAUUGAAGGAAAUCAAGAAAAAAGUAAAAAGAAGAUUGCAAAUGCACAAAAAGCUGAGAGGGCCAGAGUUGGAAAGGCAUUGAAAGCAACAGUACAUUUUUCAUCUACCCCCGGACCAAAAACAAAAGAAGUAGCAUCACAGACAGAGCAACAAACAAUCCCCCCUACAAGUAAAGAUGAAUCAGUUCAAACUGAGCUCCCAACAAUGCAAGAUGCUUGUGCUCAAACUGAACCUAUGGAACAAUAUACUCAGCUAGUAUACGACAAUUUACUCUUAAAAUCUCAAUUAAAAAAUUUAAAAGAAGAAAAUGUAAAUCAAGCAAAAAAGAAGAAUCAAUGUAAAGAAGCAGCAUUAAAGCCAAGAAAAUUACUUGAAAAUUUAACAAAUAAGCAGAAAACUAAAAGAGCUGAUGAAAUUGCAAAAUUUAUCAAAAACAGGAGUCCAAGUUUUUUUUAUUUAUUAUUAUUUUUUUAUAAAUAUCAGGUGCUGAGCGUUGUUCAGCUCAUCAAUUGA